AUGAUAGAAAAACCAUCUAUUAGAGUUACUAUUCUCCUCGUGUAUCUUAUUCUAGCUUUGAGAGGAAAAGAAGUUAAGUGUAUACAACGAGGGGGAAAAGCUACCGGGAUCCCCAUGAAUCAACAAGUCAAUAAGACUAUUCUAGUUGAAGGUGGAGAUGUCUAUGAUUGCGUUGAUGUAGAUCUACAACCAGCCUUUAACCAUCCAACGCUGAAAGACCAUAAAAUUCAGAUGGAACCAAGUUCUUUCCCAUCAAGUGUGUAUACCGAAUAUCCCGGGAUGUACGACAUCCCACGAGCAGAGUUGCCUAUCGUUGAGUGCCCUAUAGGCACGAUCCCAAUACUACGUAACAAAAGAACGGACCACGUGGAAGUACAAACUAUUGACAAAAUUAUUAGCCACGAUGAACAACAAGAGGAGGCAGGAAUCAUGUAUUUGGAUGUGUUGUAUGGGACACGGGCUAGAAUAAUUGUCUAUGAGCCGAAGUUGACGAAAAACAGCAAGGAUCUUACCUCAUCAUGGGUGCAAAUUAACGGGAGGCAAAAAGUUGGUCGUGCAGAUGGGAUAGGUGCUGGUUCUUUUGUAUCUCCAAGAUACAGUGGUGAUAGCUUUGCUAGGUUUCAUGUUUAUUGGGAUGAUGGCCUGGUAAACAAGUCUUGUGUGGAUCUCCAGUGUCCCGCAUUUGUACAAGUGAACCCAAACAUUGGCCUCGGGGGAAGAAUACGUCCAGUUUCCAUUUAUAACGGACAACAAUAUGAAAUAGAUGUAAUGAUUUUCAAGGACCCAAUGACAAAAAAUUGGUGGGUGACGGCGUAUGGUAAUACACCUAUUGGAUAUUGGCCCUCGCAAAUUUUCCAUUUCAUGAAGGACAAAGGUAACUUUGCAUUCUGGGGUGGAGUAGUUCGUGGUCCUACGGCCUCAUCAGACUCCCCACAAAUGGGCAGUGGUCAUUUUGCUCGCGAAGGAUUUGGAAAAGCUGCUUGCAUAGGAUAUAUCCAAGUUGUAGAUAAUGACAACAAGCUUGUUACUCCAAAUGAUAAAAAAGCCUUUCCUCAGACUAGUAACAAAUACAAAUAUUCCGUGGACGGUUAUAAAGUCGAUCACAAUGGUAUUCAUAUUUUCUAUGGUGGACCCGGUGUUAUAGUUUGA